CCGGGUUUGUCAUCGGUUUGCGGUUCAACCGUGUUUGUCAUUGUGGUCAUGUUUUUCAACUUAUUGUAGAUUUUGAAGUGAGCCAUUUGUUUUCGGUGGAAACAAACUAUUCCUUCGGCGUUGGUGUGUUGUCCGUGUAUUUUACGUCAAAAUGACUGAGGAUGUGCAGAAACACUCAGUCCACACUCUGGUGUUUAGAUCUCUCAAAAGGACUCAUGACAUGUUUGUGUCAGAUCAUGCUAAAUCCAUCCCUCUGGACGAACAAAGUCACCACAUGAAGAUGGGUGUAAAGUUGAAAACAGAGUAUGAGGCAGUUCUACACAUGCCUGUUCUGAAGGAAGGGAAAGACAGAGUCCCUCAGCUCUCCAGCAGCCUGCAGGGCCAUCAGACUUAUACACAAGCAGAUGAUCCAGAUUAUCUGAUCACUGGGACACAUGCUUAUCCCUCUGGACCUGGAGUAGCAUUGACUGCUGACACAAAGAUGCACAGGAAUCCCAGUGAGGGAGGAGUCCACUCCAUGGCAUUGGCUUUGCCACCUUCACAAGUCAGGCAAGAGGCUAGUCGCACUGCAGCCAGCGUUGCUGAAAUCCAUCGCCAUGUAGGAGGAGCAGAAAGAUCAGGUGUCGUGUCUCUUAUGGAAGGAGGCGGCACUAGAAACUCUGCACUCUCGAGAAGAGCACCGACCAUGCCCAAACCCCAGUGGCACCCACCAUGGAAGCUGUUUAGGGUCAUCAGCGGUCAUCUUGGUUGGGUGAGGUCCAUCGCUGUGGAGCCAGGAAAUCAGUGGUUUGUCACAGGCUCUGCCGACAGAACCAUAAAGAUUUGGGACCUGGCGAGUGGUAAACUGAAGCUCUCCCUCACUGGACACAUCAGUACAGUGCGUGGAGUGGCGGUCAGCAAUCGCAGCCCUUAUCUGUUCUCCUGUGGAGAGGACAAACAAGUCAAAUGUUGGGAUCUGGAGUACAAUAAGGUGAUCAGGCACUACCAUGGACACCUCAGUGCUGUGUAUGAUUUAGAUCUCCAUCCCACCAUUGACGUGCUGAUGACGUGCAGCAGAGAUGCCACAGCAAGGGUGUGGGACAUCAGGACAAAGGCUAAUGUCCACACACUAACGGGUCACACCAACACUGUGGCCACAGUUCGAUGUCAGGCCGCUGAGCCACAAGUCGUCACUGGGAGCCACGAUUCCACCAUCAGACUGUGGGAUUUGGUCGCUGGGAAAACCAGGGCCACACUGACCAACCACAAGAAGUCUGUCCGAACUCUGGCGCUGCAUCCCAGACAAUACACGUUUGCCUCUGGAUCUGCUGAUAACAUCAAACAGUGGAUGUUCCCAGAUGGAAACUUCAUCCAGAACCUGUCAGGACACAACGCCAUCAUCAACACCCUGGCUGUGAACUCAGACGGCGUGCUGGUGUCUGGAGCCGACAACGGGACCAUCCACAUGUGGGAUUGGAGGACGGGCUACAACUUCCAGCGGAUUCACGCGGCGGUGCAGCCUGGAUCCCUGGACAGCGAAUCGGGAAUCUUUGCCUGUGUGUUCGACCACUCCGAGAGCAGACUGAUCACCGCCGAGGCAGACAAGACCAUCAAAGUUUACAAAGAGGACGACACCGCUAGUGAAGAAAGUCAUCCAAUCAACUGGAAACCAGAAAUCCUCAAGAGGAAAAGAUUCUAAUCAUUUUUUUAUUUGCUUUUUUUGUCUCAGUAAAACUUUAAAAUCCUAUCUACCAAACCCUCAUCAUUUUUGCUUUUGUUAGUGUUUCUCAUCAGGCCGACCCCUUCUCCACUAACAGUAUAUUUGACGAGAACAGCCACAUCUUUACUGAAUCACUCUAAAAUCCAUUUGCAGUCCUCGUUGUAUGACUGUAGUCCUAUAAAGCAGCCAUUCUGGACUGCCAGGAACCUCUGCGACUGUUUGUUCUUGAUGACGAUGGCUCUCUGGUGGCUCUUGUCCAUCCGGUCCACCAGCAGCAGCCACUCCUCAGUCUCAGAGGGACUAUCCUCUGAGUGGACCUGGUCAGUACUGGGGUCGAAGCCUGUGGUAGGACAGAUAGGGUACCCGUUAUACGAAACAGGAAACAACAACAUUAUUUUGUAUUGUAUCAACAGAAUAGCCAGUUGUACAGACAUGGAAACAGAACGUUCCCUUUUUUUGGCUCGCUGUGUGACAUUUAUUUUGUUCUAUUAAUAAAGACCACAUUUUUCACAUCUUU